AUGAAGUCGAUUAUUUGCUUUCUAUUGCUUUGUGCUACUUCCUACGCUGGAUCAACGAGCAAAUGCCCUAAGAAUAUCGAUGUAGACACAUCGCCAAUAGAAAGAAUUUUGGAAAGCGUGCUGGAGGAGAUGCUGAACAGGUUUGACGAUAUGGACCGUCAGUUGUUAGAACUUCAAAUGGAGCUGAAUGAACACCGCGAGGAAGUGGAACGGAAGUGCAUCCCAAAUUGUGUCUCGUCAACAUCAUCGCCACCCCAGCUGGAUACCACCACACCAACAGAACCUGCAACAACGACUACGACGACUACAACGCAACCGACGGCCACCGAGUCCCCAACCUACGCAUCGUGUAAAGAUGUCCCAGCAAACGUUUCGGGAGUGUAUCUCAUACGCAUCAACAACACUAGUUCACCAUUUAAAGUGUAUUGUGAGAUGGAGAAGUUUGGAGGAGGUUGGGUUGUAGUGCAACAUCGCUUCGACGGUUCGGUUGAUUUUUAUCGGAAUUGGACCCAGUACCGUGACGGGUUUGGUGAGUUGAAUAACGAAUUCUGGCUCGGCCUAGAGUACAUGCAUCAACUCACGACGGCUCGUACUUAUGAAUUAAUGGUGGAGAUGAAGGACUUUAGCGGGGACUACGGAUAUGCCAGUUACAAUGCGUUCCAAAUAGGUAGUGAGAGUGAACAAUACAGGCUUAAAACGUUGGGAUCGUACAGUGGCACUGCAGGCGACUCAAUGACGAGAAACCACAAGGGGUCAAAAUUCUCAACGAAAGAUCGAGAUAAUGACCCAAACCGCGAUUUUCAUUUUGCUGUUUAUAACAACGGUGCCUGGUGGUACGGUGAAGGUAAUCAAUCAAAUUUGAACGGCCCGCACAAAAAUGUUCUCAACUGGGAAUCGAUUUGGUGGUGGACUUUCAAAAACAAAUAUCAAGGAUUGAGCUUCACCAGAAUGAUGAUCCGGGAGUUAUGAAACUCAGCUGGAAGCAAUCAUGAUCUUUGGUAAACAAAUAUUCGUUACCAACAACAACAAAAUUAGCCUUGUUCGAUUCGUGAAGUACAUUUCGAGUAUAAUGAAAUGUUAAAGAAUUCGAAAACAACUUUUACGUCUUUUGAUUUGAGUAAGAGAUAAAAUUACCUGGAGUUGAUUAAAUAUGUUCACAACACCACAGCUAAACUGAAAUAAACAGUACAUGUUUAUUUGACAACACGAUUACUCAUAGUCAUUUUUACGAUUUAUUCUAUCAUUUAUGGACAGUGUAAGACAGGAGUCAAGAAGAUCAUUUGAUCUAAAUGCUAUUGAUCGAACGAAAUGUUACAAGAGUGAAUAACAAUUGAAACCCAUUUGACGAUACGUUACUAUUGGACCUCUUCUUUGCUCCACGAGCUAAAUCCUGUAUGAUACUUAACGACUACGAUCGGUUCUUCUCGGUGCGAAUUGUAAUCUUCUGCAUCCCUGCAUCGGAGCUUUUCAACACGUGAACCCCUCUCCCCGGAAAACAGUCCACUAACUCAUACAAUUCGCAUAAAACCUCCAUUAAAACCAGUACAACACUUUAGGUUGUUCCUUAUGCAGCAGCCUUGUACCAAAAUGCCAUCGAUUUCCCGCUAGUUUCUUGUAUCAUGAAAGAGGUUGUGCGAUUUCGGGUCAAGAUUGGGCGUCGUCAACAAGGCAGUUCUGCAGUUUAUCAAAAGAAUGUACCACUUUUCCUUACGAAUGCAGGUUAUCUUGACUGGCUGGUACGCAUCUACCAUUUAUUUUUUUUGUUUUGAUAAAGCAAAUGUCAUGGAUGAAGGAUGGUGUAUCAUUAGUUUUAUGUUGUUGGGCACUAACG